AUGCCAAGUAAUUUAGUCCGCACGUCGGAUAUACAUAGCCAAAAUGCCUCGUCAUCUAAUGUGUGGCGCGCAGAAUGGGAUGAACGAGAUUUUCACUGUCCCUAUCUACUAUCUAGCGAAACCACAGUCAAGGGAACGGGCUUGGCUGAAGCAGCGGGGAAAGAAGACCCUGUUGAGCUUAACUCUAGAAUGACAUUAGGUCGAAAACGAUUCCGCCGCCGAGCCAAACCAUUGGAGGUGUUAUCCAGCAUCGACCAAGUCAACCAUAGAAGAGAAGCAACGAGAAUUACAGCAAGUGCAUUCCAGCUCACUGCAACGCAUAUUACUCCAUACACAUGCGGCUCCUCUGGUGUUUGGGUCAACAUGGAUGAGGCGGAUGAGGCUUGUAUAUGUCAAAAGAUAUUGGUUGUCGGUCACAAUGUACAAGUGCUUUCUCCAAACCUGACACAGUUAAAUGUCAACAUCAUCCGUUUAUCAUGUAAAAAUACGCUUAUACGCCAAGGAACACGACCGGAUCUUUUAAAAUUACCAACAUUUUUCCCGAUACCAUGA